AUGCUGGACGAUGACUAUGACGAGUACAACCAAGAGGACGAUAAGGAUUUCCAGGACGUAGCCGGGUCGCAUGAUGACGAUGAUGACGACGUUGUGUUGCUCGAGACUGUUGAUCUUGUGUCUGAUCACGAGGUUGAUACUAAGCCUGAGCCGAAGCCCAAGAGGAAAGUGGCCAAGAAGGCGAAAACUGCAAAGCCAAAGAAACCAAAGAUUCCCUACCAUCAACGGAUGACUGAAAGGCUAUACGAAAUGCAUCCGGAUCUGAAGGAUGUGUUUCCAAAUCUCAUAGCAGCCAAGAAGAUCGAGCCGGAAAGGGCUCCUCAGCCUGACGGUAUGAAGAUCAAUCUGCUUCCUUUCCAAUUGGAAGGACUGAACUGGUUGAUCAAGCAGGAGGCGAGUAUCUACAACGGAGGCAUCCUUGCAGAUGAGAUGGGUAUGGGUAAGACCAUCCAGACCAUAGCACUGUUUCUCAGCGAUCGUUCUAAGAGGCCAAACUUGGUGGUUGCACCGACUGUUGCUCUCAUGCAGUGGAAGAAUGAGAUUGCGCAACAUGCUGGUGAUUCUUUGAAGGUUGCAGUGUUCCAUGGUGCAAAUCGGUCAGGAAGUGCUAAUGAUCUCGCAGAGUUUGAUGUGAUAUUGACAACAUUUGCCGUGCUGGAGAGUGUGUUCAGAAAGGAACGGUAUGGGUUCAAGAGGAAAGGAACUGUGAUAAAGGAGAAAUCUGCACUGCAUCAGGUGGAGUUCUAUAGAGUCAUUCUGGAUGAAGCACACAACAUCAAGGAUCGUCAGAGUAAUACGGCAAGAGCUGCUAACAAUCUCAAGACUCAAAAGAGGUGGUGUCUCUCUGGAACACCUUUACAAAACCGCAUUGGUGAGAUGUACUCGUUGAUCAAGUUCUUGGACAUUGAGCCCUUUGGAAACUACUUCUGCACCAAGUGUCCAUGCCGUUCUAAAGAAUGGAACUUUACUGAUUGGAAACACUGUGACCACUGUGGUCAUGUUCCGAUGCAACACACCAACUUCUUCAACCAUUUCAUGCUGAAGAACAUCCAGAAGUUUGGUAUUCAAGGUGAUGGUCUACAGUCAUUUGGAAAUAUUCAGGCGUUGUUGAAGAACAUCAUGCUUAGAAGAACGAAGGUUGAACGUGCUGAUGACUUGGGUCUCCCUCCAAGGGUUGAGGAGAUCAGAAGAGACUUCUUCAACGAAGAAGAGAAAGAUCUCUACCAGAGCUUGUACUCUGAUUCAAAGAGAAAAUUCAACGAAUACGUUGCAGAAGGUGUGGUGUUGAAUAAUUAUGCCAAUAUCUUCACUCUCAUCACGAGAAUGAGACAGUUGGCUGAUCACCCAGACUUGGUUCUCCGACGUGUUCACAACAACUCAGAGCUCGGUAAUGAGGGGCUCAAUGGUGUAAUCGUGUGUCAGCUGUGUGACGACGAGGCUGAGGAGCCAAUUGAGUCCAAAUGCCAUCAUAAGUUCUGUCGUAUGUGUAUCAAAGAAUAUGUUGAAAGUUUCGGUGGCAAUGACGACAAGCUGGAAUGCCCAGUGUGUCACAUUGCCCUGAGUAUCGAUCUCACUGGACCAGCAAUUGAGGUUAAUGUUGAUCAGUUUAAAAAGGGAUCUAUUGUGAAUAGAAUCAAAAUGGGAGGUGAGUGGAGAUCCUCAACUAAAAUUGAAGCCUUGGUUGAAGAACUGUACAAGCUGAGAUCUGAUCGUGUCACCAUCAAGUCCAUUGUGUUCUCACAGUUCACGUCAAUGCUGGAUCUUGUGGAAUGGAGACUGAAAAGAGCUGGUUUCCAAACUGUGAAACUACAAGGAUCAAUGUCUCCAAUACAAAGAGACAAUACCAUUCGUCAUUUCAUGGAAAAUCCUCAAGUUGAAGUAUUUCUGGUUUCUCUCAAAGCUGGUGGUGUUGCCUUAAACUUGUGUGAGGCUUCACAGGUCUUCCUCAUGGAUCCAUGGUGGAAUCCUUCUGUCGAGUGGCAAUCCGGUGACAGAGUUCACAGAAUUGGCCAGUAUAGACCUGUUAAAAUCACAAGAUUCUGUAUUGAAGAUAGCAUCGAAUCUAGAAUUAUAGAGCUCCAGGAUAAAAAGGCCAAUAUGAUCCAUGCUACCAUCAAUCACGACGAUGCUGCAAUUAACAGACUCACUCCUGAUGACUUACAAUUCCUGUUUAUGAACUAG